AUGGAGGACGAUGAGGUAGAGGAGAUGCGGGGGCAGCUUUCCGACAUUCUGGAGCAGUUUGAGGCUCUUAGCAGUGUGGAUACGGGGGACCUGGAGCCGACGGGACACUCGGUCGAUCUGCUGUCGGUGAUGCGUGAGGAUGCGGCGCGUCCGUCGUUUGCGCGAGAGGAUGCGCUUGCGAAUGCGCCUAAUCGUCAGGACGACCUGAUUCGCGUCAAGGCUGUGCUGGAGUAG